CGAUAAGUGGCACCACGGAGCACCAAUGGGAGACGGUGUCUUGGUCCCGCCCUUCCGGGGGAAGAUUGACGUUUAUGAGUCGCCGCCCCUCAACUUCCUUUUUCCAAGCGGCCGUCAGCGAGAGACACCAUGAAGGCGUCCGGCACACUUCGGGAAUACAAGGUGAUUGGGCGUCUGCUGCCCUCCGCCAAGAACCCCACUCCCCCGCUGUACCGCAUGCGGAUCUUCGCCCCCAACCACGUGGUGGCCAAGUCCCGCUUCUGGUACUUCGUCUCCCAGCUGAGGAAGAUGAAGAAGGCUUCUGGAGAAACCGUCUACUGUGGGCUGGUGUUUGAGAAGUCUCCUCUGAAGGUGAAGAACUUUGGGAUCUGGCUGCGCUACGACUCCCGCAGCGGCACCCACAACAUGUACCGCGAGUACCGCGACCUGACCACCUCCGGAGCUGUCACUCAGUGCUAUCGGGACAUGGGAGCGCGCCAUCGCGCCCGCGCCCACUCCAUCCAGAUCAUGAAGGUGCAGGAGAUCGCUGCCAACAAGUGCCGCCGCCCGGCCAUCAAGCAGUUCCACGACUCCAAGAUCAAGUUCCCCCUGCCCCACAGGGUUCUGCGUCGCCAGCACAAGCCCCGCUUCACCACCAAGAGACCAAACACCUUCUUCUAGAGGACGCGCUCCUCACGUUUCUGUACGCUCUUGUGAAUAAAAAAACAAAACCAGAA